AUGAGUAGUACAUCAAGUAGUAGUAGAGGACGUGUAAUUAUUGGAGCCUUUGUUCAUGCUCUUACUUCAACGAAAAGCCUCAACUACUGUCCGAAAGGAGCCAUUAUAGUUUCCAAGGAUGGCAUGAUUGAGAAGGUAAUUCCAUCCCUACAAUCUUUGCAGACUUCUUCUUCCUCUCAUUCCUCUUCUUUAACUAAUUUAUUAACGUCCUAUGAACAUUAUGAACAUUUGACUCUCAAGCCUUCUCAAUUACUCAUUCCGGGAUUCAUUGAUACUCAUGCACAUGCUCCUCAGUACUUUAAUUCCGGUCUCGGAUUGGAUAUGCCUCUUCUAGAGUGGUUGCAUACCUAUACCUUUCCAGUAGAAUCUCGUUUCAAUGAUGCAGAAAUUGCAAAUAGAGUGUACCGAGCGUGUGUUAGGAGGUCGUUACAGAGUGGAACCACAACGAGUGUUUAUUUUGCUACGAUUCAUAAUGAAGCGAGUUUGAAAUUGGCUGAAAUUACUGAAGAGUUGGGACAACGAGCGUACAUUGGCAAGGUAAAUAUGGAUCGAUUUGCACCUGAAUAUUAUUGUGAGGAAACAUCCAAAGGCAUAAAAGAUGCUAGGAAGUUUGUGGUUGACAUGAUGUCCAAGAAUUUUAAACUAGCCAAACCAAUCCUCACUCCAAGGUUUGCAGUGUCAUGCACUGAAGAAUUAAUGAAGGGUUUGGCUGAUAUUGCAGAGGAAUUCGAUUUACCUAUUCAAUCUCACAUUUCUGAAAAUGUCAACGAAGUGAAAUUGGUUAAAGAAUUAUUCAAAAAUCAAUCAAGUUAUGCUGGUGUAUACGAUGAAGUGAAACUUUUGAACCAUAGGACCAUUUUAGCUCAUGGAGUUUAUUUAACCGAUGAAGAAAUUAAUUUGUUGAAAGAAAAGAAAGCUACGAUUGCACAUUGCCCUCUAAGCAAUUUUUCCAUUAAUAGCGGUGUGUUGAAUGUGCGAAAAUUAUUGAACAGAGGCGUGAAAGUUUCUUUGGGAACAGACUAUUCCGGAGGCUAUUCUGUCUCAAUGUUGAACGCCAUUCGAAAUACGCUUAUUGCAAGUGUGUCUGUCACUACAGAUCAUAUACGAAAUGGUAAAGAGUCGACAGACGAUGACAAGUGCCUAAGUCUCGAUGAAGCAUUUUACUUGGCGACCAUUGGAGGAGCCACUGCUCUUAAUAUUGAAAACAAGGUGGGAAAUUUCGAAGAAGGAAAAUUGUUUGAUGCUCUUGUGGUGGAUGUUGAAGUGGCUGACUCCAUGGUAGAUAGUUUUAGCGAUAUUUAUCCAAAAAUUUUCCCAGCAGAACCCUCACUCGCUCAAAGUCAAGACACUCUUACAGAGAAGAGGCUUAAGGAAAAUUUUUCUCGGUUUAUCUACAACGGUGACGACAGAAAUAUUGUUAAGAUAUUUGUACAGGGCAAUGAAGUGAGUGGAAAUUUAAGAGUGUAA